AUGAGUAAAUUCCAAGCUUUUGAAUUUCAUGUGAUUUGUGCUUUUUGUUUGCAAGAUGCUAAAGGAAAUGAUGUGGACCUCAGCAUCUACAAAGGGAAAGUCAUGAUUAUGGUGAAUGUUGCCUCACAAUGGUUUUUUCUGACUCUCCCAGAUCCUAGAAUGGGGACAGGGCUUAAGAAAAGAGUGAAAUCUUCAUUUGAAGAGAACUUACCUUUGGUUCUGACAUUCAACUCUUAUCCAAUGCAACGGCUUGACCAAUUCAAAUUACACAGAGUUGAGCAAGUUGUCUGGAAAUUUUGGCUUUCCCUUGUAAUUAGUUUGGUGGGCAAGAGCCAAGGACCAAAUGAGCAGAUAAUGGAGUUUGCUUGCACUUGCUUUAAGGCUGAAUUUCCCAUAUUUGAUAAGGUGGUUAAAUCAGAAGUCUUCUUGUCCUUAUUGCAAUUUGAUUCUUCUUAG